CGCGGGAAACCAGCCGGUGGCACAGACGGGAACCCCUUCCCCGCGGGAGCCGGGUUUCCUCCGCGCUGUCUGCGUUUGGAAAACGCCGCUUUGCGUUGUGAGCAGGGUGCGGCCGGCUGCUGACGCUCGUCCCGCCCCGCAGGCAUGUGGGCGCACUCGAUGACCGUGCAGGACUACCAGGACCUGGUGGACCGCGGCUGGCGGAGAAGUGGGAAAUAUGUGUACAAGCCCGUGAUGAAUCAAACAUGUUGUCCUCAGUACACAAUAAGGUGCCGAUCUUUACAGUUCCAGCCAUCAAAAUCUCACAAGAAGGUUUUGAAAAAAAUGUUGAAAUUUCUGGCUAAUGGGGAAAUUUCCAAAGGAAAUUGUGAUGACGAGCCUAUGGAGCCCAGCAUGGAGGAUGCCGUGGCUGGUGACAUGGCGUUAAUAAAUAAAUUGGAUAUCCAGUGUGACCUGAAAAAGCUCGGUGAUAAUCUCAGAGAGAGUUUAGAGAGGGAAGAGAAGACGAGAGGAAAAAGCACAGAGAAAGAAGAACCUAAGGCGUUAAUUCAGUCACAGGAGAAAAAGGAGUUGGGCUCCGGGGAGCCGUCCCACUCAGUUGAAGUGCAUCCGGCUCCUAAGCCAGGCAGGGGGCCAGAUCUGAGUAAGCCUCCAUGUCGAAAAGCGAAGGUGAUCCGGAGAGAGAAGAAGAGGCUGAAGGCCGCGCAGCAGGGCCCAGCUGGGGGGCCCGAGGGCUUCCCAGCUCCCUGUGCACCGCCGGCUCCGCGCCCUCCAAAGGCUAAGCCCGGCCAGCCCAGAUCCCUCGAAGACUUCAUCUUCGAGUCUCUGCCAGAGAACGCGUCUCACAAGUUAGAGGUGAGGGUUGUGAGAUCAUCUCCACCAAGUUCUCAGUUCAAAGCCACAAUGCUGGAGUCGUACCAGGUCUAUAAACGCUACCAGAUGGCUAUUCACAGCCACUCGCCCGAUGAGCCAACUGUCAGCCAGUUCACGGGAUUCCUUUGCACCUCGCCUCUGGAGCCAGAGAACCCGCCUAACGGACCGGACUGUGGCUACGGCUCCUUCCACCAGCAGUACUGGCUCGAUGGGAAGAUCAUUGCUGUGGGGGUGAUCGACAUCCUUCCAUAUUGUGUGUCCUCUGUGUAUUUGUACUACGAUCCCGAUUACUCAUUUCUGUCCUUGGGCGUCUACUCUGCGCUACGAGAAAUUGCUUUCACCAGGCAGCUUCAUGAGAAGACACCUCAGCUCAGCUAUUACUACAUGGGUUUCUACAUUCACUCGUGUCCCAAGAUGAAGUAUAAGGGUCAUUACAGACCUUCCGAUUUGUUGUGUCCUGAGACGUAUGUUUGGGUUCCCAUCGAGCAGUGCCUGCCGUCCCUUGAGAACUCCAAGUACUGCCGUUUCAACCAGGACCCAGAAGCAGCCGACGAAGGCCGCUGCACGGACCCCGACCGGCUGCAGGUGCUGUACAAGAAGACGGUGCUGCCCUACGGGGUCUUUAAGAAGCAGCAGCGGAGCCCGGCCGAGGAGGCCGCUGUGCUGCAAUAUGCCCGCCUGGUGGGGCAGGCGUGCGCCCAGCGGAUGCUGCUCUUCCGGAGCUGAGGCCGCGCUCGCCCCUCGCUCAGCCCGCGCCGCCCAGACCUGUCACUGCCCGAGAUCCCGGCUCCACCUGCAGAUCCUCCUCGUUUUGACUAUUACCUACUUUCCUAACUGUUCUGUGGCAAUGCAUUUGUGAGAAUCUCAUGGUUAGUGUGAAGAUUUUAAAGGUACGUUGUGACCUUGCCUCCUAAUUGGGGUUUAUCAUUCAGAAGCUUGUUUUGUGAACAAGACAUGGUCAGCUUCUCUCAUUGUCAGUGUUCUAGGAAGUAAAAUCAGACGUGAGCCUUGAGUAAUUUAAAUUACAGUCAUGUUUUUUGCUCUGUUAGAAAUCAAAGCAGAGUGUGGCCUCAGGUCCAUUUAAAACAAGCUGCUGCGUUUCAGGUGAAGUCACUGCUGGCAUCAGGCUGGCACCUAAUAGAGGACUCCAGGGAAGGAAGGCAUCACCUCGACCUGGUCUUUACUCAGACGGCCCUGCUCACAGCUGCUGUCGGCCGAUGUUCUAGAAAUUACCACCAGUGCUCCCCUGACUCUCAGAAUGUCCCAGCUUGGACAGUGAAGUGUUUGUUUACCCUGGUUGUAUGAUAUGUAAUUUGCUCUAUUUCUAAAAACCUGAGAAAUGGAGUUUCUGAAGAAAAUGUAGCUCCUGCCCUCACCUGAGCAGCCUCAGGAGUAACAUGCCCUCGGUUUCCCACCUCAGAGCUGAGGUCGCUUGUCUUUGGUUAUUGAUUAAGGGCUGGUUCACAUCCAGCUGCUCUUACAGCUGGAGGAAGGAGAGGCCGGUGCACCAGGUCGGAGCUGCAGGGGAGUUGGGGCAGGCGGUGGGGAUGGGGUUGGUGUCUCCUGUGCUCUCUCCGCUGACCCCGGCUUCUGUCGCCGGCUGCUCGGCCCUGAACCCUUUCAGUCCCCACUCUGCCCAUUCGUCUGUUUUCUAUUGAUGGACCUUUGAAAACUAUAUUAUAAGCUUAGUAGUUUGACUCUCACUGCUGAUUUUAUACUUUUCUUCUAAAUGCACUGAAUUUAGAUAGAACAUUUUACAAUAAUUUCAGCCGGUAAAAGGGGGGCUCAUAAAACAAUGAUUUUAAACGUCAAAUUCCAGAAAUUCAACAUCCAAACCAUGUGUUCGUUCAGAGUGUGUGUGUACCUCCUGCCCUGUGUAGCUGUUGGCUGACUAGGGACCGAGCAGAGAGCAAAGCUGGUCUCUCCGACUGCACGGAUUUCACCUUCUGGGACGCCCCCCCCCCCCUUCAAAUAGUUCCCAGGAGCACUGGAUGGACUCUUGCUUGGAACUGCCUUCAGAAUCUAGGAAACGUCUUCUUUUCCCUCUGAAGUGACAACAGCUUAAUUUUUUAUGAUUACAAAAGUGAUAGUGUGAGCAAUUAAAA